UCUGAUCAGAGUACCGAACGAUCGCUGCCAUUGGCAUUGCACUUGAAGUUGAACGUUGCACGUACAGCGCGAACAGGAGUUCGCUGAUCAGGAGACGCAUCAAGGAUCAGGGCGGCACCGGGGUCGAUGCAUGUUUACAUUACUGGUGCUAUCGUCGUCUUCUAACAAGAAUCGUGACCUGCUUGCAUAGUGAGCACCUUUCGAAUAAACAACAUACAUUGAAGCAGUACGCUUGUGGUUUCUUGCAAAUAUUUAGUUCCAGCCGCUCAAGGCAAUGGCAACAUCUGUUGCGAGGGCACCACUUGCGCCAUGGGCGUCAUCGCACAUGCAAGCCCAAACGGGUGGCGACAAUGUCCGGAGAGAAGUUGGGUUCUGCGUGCUGGCCAAAUCAUCAAGAACACGUCAGAGUCUGCAUGUCUGCACCAGGAGCUCUUUCAAUGGUAGGCAGAUCAAGCGGAGCUGCAAACCAUACAGCCAGCCUGUAGCUGGGCGUACGGUCACAUCUGCCUCGUUGGGCAACUUCUUCAACAGAUCGGAUGAGAAACCUGAAGCGUCGGCACCGCCAUACUUUGAGGACGCUGAGCAAGACAGGGUACGGCAAAGUGUUGCGAUCAGGCUCAAGCGGGCUGCAUCAGAAUUUCGGAGGUGGGGCAACUGGGGUUUCUGGGUGCAGCUUGUGACAGCGGUCGUGUCGGCGGUGAUCCUCGCCUUCUCCGUAGCCAUCACUGGCCAGGCCACCAAUGCUAUCAGCGCAUACCUCACCGCCGGGGGCAUUGUGGCGGCCUUCAUCUCCGUGUUCAACUUUUUCCGCUUCUCGCGCCUCGCCAGAACGUUCGAAGAGAGCGCAGAGAAUCCUGACAAGGCCCCCUCCCGCGCGGCCGUCAUCAAGAAGCUGAGCAACGGCCUCAUCCUGAACAUGGUGGGCCUGGCCGCCACCUUGCUGGGGGCGCAGGCCACGGUGGGCCUCCUUGUGGCCAAGGCACUCACCUCCCAGUCCCAGCCGUACCUCGCAAACACCCCGCAGGGCUUCUCACCAGUGCUGGCACUCGACGUCUUCCUCGUCCAGGCAUCCUUCAACGUGGUCACAGCGCACUUCUUUGGUUUGCUGUUCCAACUGCUCUUGCUCCGCUCAACGACCACCUCUCCGCCGCCCCCAGAGUCCGUGAUCCCCAAACCUGCUUAAAGCAAACCGGCCACUCUAACAUGCACGGACGUAGCUCAGGGAAUGAAGUUGCUUGCCUUAGUUCUUAAGCAGUCUGAGUCGAGACUUCCACGAUCCUUCAAUAAGAUGCAAAUGUAUAGCUACUGCUAGAGCUCGUGUAUUCUGGGAACAUGGACUUCUGCACUAACUUGAGCCGAUUGAGUUGGGAAGCCUUCUUUAUUGAUUUGAUUCCGUGUUGCGAUGUAAUUUAGAUGAUGUAUGCA